GUUAGACACACCCGAUUUGUAAGCUCUAAAGUUUAGUUCCUGUUAGCUAACGUUAUCUCAUUGAUACAUCUCAUCUAACGUUAGCUAACGUUUCUAGCUAAAGUGAAAGCUAACGGUAGCUUACCCCAUCCCAUCCUGGCAGUAACUUAGAUGUUGCUGUUAGUUACUAACGGAUAAUUAGCUAGCUAGCUAGCUAGCUAUCACACAGUAUAACGCAAAUCUUUACGUCGUAACGUGUAUUGUUCGGUGACCCACAUGUUGUAAACAUGGCUUUCUUUCAGAAACUCGUGACAAAAAUAUUAUUUUUAUUCUGCAAUGUUUCCCACGAAUAGCUCAUGGUCUGUUUAUGAAUUAAUACUGUCUUUAUCAUUGUGACCUAGCUGAUGUGUGGUAUUUAUAUUCGCUCCUUACAUAUAAACAUAAUACUUGUACAAAUGUGUUGCUUAGUCUCAUAAUUCAAUGAUUGUUUUUCCUCACGAUAACGUGUCUCAAAUCUUUUUUAAGCAAGAUGUUUUGGUCUAAAUGCAUUUUCAGACCACCUGUCAGGAGUGAGAUCCCAUUUCCCUACAUCAUCAUGUCCUCAGAGCACAACUUGGAUGAUGAGGAUACCUUCAAGAUCCUGAUCGCUACAGAUAUUCACCUCGGUUACCUCGAGAAGGAUGCUAUUCGUGGCAAUGACUCUUACACCACACUCGAUGAAAUCCUGAAAUGUGCCAAGACAAAUCAGGUAGAUUUCAUCCUGCUGGGUGGUGAUUUGUUCCACGAGAACAAGCCGUCACGCCGAUGCCUCCACAGCUGCAUCACCAUGCUAAGACAAUACUGCAUGGGAAACACACCCAUACAGUUCAACAUCCUCAGUGACCAGACUGUCAACUUCAACACCACUCAGUUCCCCUGGGUUAACUAUCAGGAUGAAAACCUGAACAUCUCUAUUCCUGCAUUCAGCAUUCAUGGUAACCAUGAUGACCCAACUGGGGCUGAAGGUUUGUGUGCGUUGGAUCUGCUGAGUGCCUCUGGUCUUGUCAAUCACUUUGGUCACUCCCAGUCAGUGGAGAGGAUAGAAAUUAGUCCCAUCCUCAUGCAGAAAGGCAGCACCAAGCUAGCCUUAUUUGGUCUUGGCUCUAUCCCAGAUGAGCGCUUGUACAGGAUGUUUGUCAACAACCAGGUAACGAUGCUUCGUCCCAAAGAAGACCAAGAUGAGUGGUUUAACCUCUUCACCAUCCACCAGAACAGGAGUAAACACGGACCCACUAACUACAUCCCUGAGCAGUUCCUGGAUGAAUUUCUCGACUUGGUGGUUUGGGGUCAUGAGCACGAGUGUUUAAUUGCGCCAACCAGAAAUGAACAGCAGCUCUUCUAUGUGACACAGCCUGGCAGCUCUGUAGCCACCUCCCUGUCCCCUGGAGAGGCGACCAAGAAGCACAUAGGGCUGCUGAGGGUGAAGGGUCGUAAGAUGAACCUGCAAAAGAUCCCCCUAAAGACGGUGCGUCAGUUCUUCAUCCAAGAUGUGGUGCUGGCUGACUACCAAGACCUCUUCACACCUGAUACACCCCAGGUCACAAAGAAGGUGGAGAACUUGUGCUAUGCAAAGGUCACAGAGAUGUUGGAAGAAGCUGAAAGAGAAAGACUUGGAUGUCCGCUUACCCCAGAAAAACCUCUCAUUCGCCUGAGGGUGGACUACAGUGGAGGCUUUGAGACGUUUAACACUUCUCGCUUCAGUCAGAAGUUUGUGGACCGCGUAGCCAACCCAAAAGACCUCAUUCACUUUCUCAGACGCCGCGAGCAGAAGGAGGACAUCAAGGAUGAGGUCAAUUUGGACUACGGCAAACUGUUAAAAACCCCCGCAGUAGAGGGGCUGAGAGUGGAGGACCUGGUCAAACAGUACUUUGAGGCGACCGAACAGACCGUGCAGCUGUCCCUUCUGACGGAGCAGGGCAUGGGGAAGGCAAUUCAGGAGUUUGUAGACAAAGAUGAGAAAGACGCCAUUGAGGAGCUGAUCACUUACCAGUUAGAGAGGACACAGCGCCACCUCCAGGCCAGAGGAGUAACCACGGAGCAGGAUAUAGACGCUGAGAUCCGGCGAUUCAGAGACUCCAAAAAGAACACAACCGAGGAAGAGAAUGAAAUCAAAGAAGCUAUCAACAGAGCCAAAGCUCAACGUUUGGAGCGUGGCAAUGAGCCUGCAGACUCUGAUAUAUUCAAUGAGCUGGCUUUGGACUCUGACGAAGGCUCGGCCCCGUUUUCUCCCCUCACACGAGGCCGAGGACGAGGAGGCAGGGGGCGGGGUGGCCGGGGAAGGGGGAGAGGUGCAACUGCCUCUGAACCAAAGCCAGCUGGUCGGGGCCGUUCCCAGAAAUCCUCAGCAACAACCCAGAGCAGGAGCAUUAUGCAAGCAUUUCAAGCUCCAUCCCAGAGAUCAUCCCGGACUGCAGAUGAAGUGAUCAUUGAUGACUCUGAUGAAGAUAUGCCCGUAAUGAAAGCUACACGACCCCCUCCAAGGACACCAGCGGCGUCAUCGUCCUUCACCAAGUACAGCUCUCAGAGCCAGAGCCAGUCAUCUAAAGGAGUUGCAUUUGAUGACAGUGAUGAUGAGGACCCAUUCAAAGGCCCCAGCUGUCGUUCAAGGAGAUAACAUAAGUGCUUCUAUCAUGUAACUCGUUAAUGUUGUUGAUUUCCCCAAAAAUCUGUAAAUGCUAAUUAGCAUGUGAGCUGCUGCUGCAACCUGUUCUGAAGGACUUUAAAGUGCAUGUUAAAUUUUCUCAGCACUCAGUCCUCCUGUUGUUAAUAGAUAAUUAAGUUGAUGAGCUCCUGCUUGGUGUAAAACUGUCCAAUCAAUCUGUUUUGGUGAAGGAUAACGGCUAUAGGGGGCCAUGGUGGACAUGGCUUUCAGACAAGACACCACCUGAACCUUUCAACUGGUGCAGCGCAUGUGCUACUGUACGUCAACACUGAUUCAAGUUGGGUUUUGUCAUUGGCCUUUGUAGGUCUCUGAUAUUCAGGAAAUAAAUGUUUUUUCAUUCAUAAUCAACUGUCUCCUUAUUUUUUAACAUUGGGUGACGGUAGAAGAAUCCGUCUUUCAUACGCAAUACCUUGUCGUUCUAAGUAAUGUUCCUGAAAUAUGAGAUGACAGUUGUCAUUUGGAUCAUCUUUUGAGCGUAAUUUAUGAAUUCUGUUCCCUGUUGUCGCCUUUGUUAACUUUAAGGUUGGAGGAUGUGUGCUUGGGAGGAGAGUAACACUGAAUGGAUCAAGGACAGAGAGAUCCAGUUUCCAGCACAUACAUUUGCAGUUGUGUGACAAAACAAUUGGCAAGUUACAUAAGAAUGUCUUUAUUGUAUUUACAACCUAUUUACAGGUGAAUAAAAAUCAACACAAUGUACCAUAUAUACAGUCAAAUGUUAUCAGCCACUUUACUUUGCUACAAAUGGAAUGAUUAAAAUCAAGAAAUAAAACGGGUUUUGCCUGAGUGCACAU